AUGAUAAUUUCUAGAAUAUAUUUUAAAUAUUUUAUUAUUAAAAAUGAUAAUAAAUUGAAUGAUUCCCAUAAAAUUAAGAAAACACUUAAAAAACCUUCGAAGUAAGGAUUGAUUAAAAUAAAUUAAAGUUAAUAAGGAUUUUUGGUGAAUGAUUCUAAAAUUGUAAAAAUUUAGCUCAAAAAAAAGAAAGAUAUUAAAGUAAUAAUUAUUAAAAAGUUUAUUUUAGAUAGAAAAUUAAUCAUCGAAUCAAAAAAAAAAUAAAUUAACAAACAAUUAUUUGAGAUGAUUUCAGAUGAUAAUUUAAUAAUAGCUAGUAAUAAUAAAUCAUUUUAAUAAUUAUAGAAUGCUUUAUUUAAAGAGGAAAAUACUUCAUACUAUCAUGGAAUUCAUACUGCUGAAUAAAAUGAUUCAAAUACGAAUUAGAAUUAAAAAAAGAAUUCGAUGCCUAAUUGUUAAUAGGCGUAUGAUUCCUUUUCUUAGAGGUUGAUUUAGUUUGAUCUUGAAAAGAAUUAGUAAAAAGUAAACGGAUAGAUAAAUUCUAACAAUUUUAUGGGUAAAAUGCAAGAGAGAAAACAUUUAUCAUACAUUAAAAGUAGAACUGGAAGGUUUAGUGAGGAAGAUUAACCUAUAAAUUAACUGAGACAUCAAUCAGUUUUGAGAAAAGUGUUUAAUAAAGUUAAAAUAUCUCUUUAAGUUAAGGCUUUCAUAAAUAAAAUGAUAUAACUAACAUAAAUAUAAAAGUAUAAAGUUUUUGAUGAAAAUCCUAUCUUUUUUAAUCUUGUUAAUGAUAAAUCUGCCUAUUAAAAUAUAGACAAUGCUCAAAUAAAAGUAACAUAAAACACUGAUAAAAGCAUACUUUAAAAAAAAAACUAAAAAAUGCUUAUAAACUCAUAAACAUAAAAAUCUUCAACAAAUUUAAGAAAUAGUUUUCAUAAAAAUAAUAAGAUAAUCAAGCAAUGUUUUUAAAAAUUAUUAAAUACGAUACCAGUUUUUUCUGCUUUUUCUAAAUUUAAUUUUAUAUGGGAUCAGCUAUAGUUAGUUUGCCUAGGGUAUUUUUUCAUUACAAUUCCUUUAUUGAUAUCAUUUAAUUAGGAGAUUUAAAAUUUUGAUUCAUCUUGGGUUGUGCAUUUGUUGAUAAGUCUCUUGCUGUUAAUAGAUAUAAUUUUUAAUUUCAACACUAGUCUUUUUUAAUAAGGAAAGGAGAUUAAAAGUAGAAUAAUAAUUGCACAGAACUAUUUAAAAAAUUAAUUUGCUUUAGAUGCUAUUACUCUUGCUUGUAUAUCAAUAUUUUUUUCACUUUAAUAUAACUCAAAAUACGCAGAAAAUACUAAUGUUUUAAACGUUUGCUCUAUUAUAUUUUUCUUGAGAUACAAAUAGUUUGGAAGAGUACUCAAAAAAAUUGAAAUGCAAUACCACUUUUCUCCUAGGAUCAGCUAAAUUUUGAGGUUAAAUAAAUUAUUUUUAACUAACAUCUAUAUAAUUCAUCUACUGGCUUGUGUUUGGAUUAUUAUAGCCAAAGUUCAAAAUGAUUAAAAUCAAACCUGGCUUCACAUCAACAACACUAUGAAUGAACCAUGGUUUAUAUAAUAUUUAAAUGCAUUUUAUUUUAACACAGUAACUAUGGUUACGGUAGGCUAUGGAGAUAUAUCUCCACAAAGUAAUUUUGAAAGACUUUUUAGUAUUUUAACUGUCCUGUCUGCAUGCGGUGUGUUUGCUUAUUCAAUUAGUGAAGUGGGGAGUAUUUUCUAAGAAAUGAACAAAUCAUCAAAGCAAAGAAAGAAUAAUUUAUUUGUAAUCAAUAAUUAUAUGAAAAAUAAGAAAAUAACUUCUGAAUUAUAGUACCAAAUUCGUUACUAUCUUGAAUAUUACUGGAAUGAAAGCCUUUCUGAAAACACUAAAGAGGAAUUAAACAUAAUUAGCCAACUUUCUAACAAUCUUAAAGAAAAUCUAAUGAUUGAAGCAAAUAAGAUUCUUGUAGUGGAAUCUCCAUUUUUUAGAGAUAACUUUUCAUUUAAAACUAUACUAAAGACGGUAUCGCUCGUUUAGGAAUAAAGAUGUACUCCUGAAGAAAUAAUAUAUUUAGAGGGAGAUUUAGAAGAAUGUUCUAUUUAUUUUAUUGAAAAAGGAUCCGUUUAACUUUUUCGUGACCACACAAGUGAAUCUAUUUUAUUUAAAAAAGAAUUCUUAGAAUGCAACACUCUCAAAGCUGGAUAAUAUUUUGGUGAAAUGUCAUUUUUUACAGGAAUGGAAAGAAAAUUUUGUGUCAGAAGCCUCGAAUUUACAACUUUAAUAAAAAUAGAAAGAGCUAAGUUUAUUGAGAUUAUAAAGGAAGUUCCAUCAGAUUAUGAAAAAUUUUGCUUGAUUAAAGACGAUAUUAUUUUUAAUAAAAAUUGGAAGCAUUCUAUGAAAAAGUGUACUUAUUGUUAACAUGUUCAAUCUGACUAAGCAUAUCAUAGUUCAAGAGAAUGUCCCAUGGUACAUUAUAUACCAAACAGCACCAGGCUUAUGGAUUAAUUCAAGUACAAUAACUCCUUAACUUAGACAGAAAGAACUUUUAUGAAAAGAUAAACUUAAAAGCACAAUAAUACUCUAGGAAGAAUUGAAUAGGUUAAAGGAUAUUAAGAUAGGAUAGCUUUUUAGGAAGAAUCUGUUCUAUUUGCUUAUAUACAUACUUACGGAUUAGAAGAUUUUUCAAAUAAUUAAGAGUCUUCUGAUAAUUCAAUCUCUAAAAGUGGAAUCAUUUCAAGUUCUAAUUCUUUUGAUGAAGAAAAAAGUUGCAGGGACAUUUAAAAUAAUAAAAAAAUAAAUGGAAGUUCAAAUUCUUUUGGAUCUUCUAAUGAAGAAGACUCAUCAUAAUUACUUUCCUCUCCUGAGAAAGAAAAAAACUUUUAAAAUUAUAUUCAAAGCAAAAAAGUUGAUAAAAAACAGAAAAUUUCUAAACAAAUAUCAAAAAGUUUAGUAAUUGAAGAAGACCAGCAAGAAUCGGAAUCUAAUCAAUAUAUGCUUUCGAUGAGUAUACAUAAAAAUAUAAAUACAUAAAAUAAGACAGACGAGAUUGUCACUAAUCCAGAUAUAGAAGAGUAACCAGAGGAUUUAAUGUAAGCACAGCUUUAAGAAAAAAUAACAAACCACUCUAUCAUUAUGAAUAAAUCUAUGCCUUUCACAAGAGAUCUUAUUAAAAAUAAACCUAUCAUAAAUGGAUUAAAUAAAAUUGAUAAUAAUGAAUUAUCUUUUGAGAGCAACUAUUGGAAUAGUUAAAGAGCUCAAAACAAAUAGUAAGAGUUAAAUUGUAUCUAAAAUCUGGAUUUAUAAAAAUAUUCAAAUUAAACUUUAGAUCUGAUUUAGGAUGGAAAUAAUAAUUCAAAGUAACUUAUUUAAACUGAAAGCAAUUAAGAACCAUAAUCGUCUAAUUAAAUAAAUAUUUCACCUUUACAAUCAAAACGAAAACCGAGAAGUUCUAUCCUUCAGUCAGUGAAAUUCAAACUACCUAAAAAGAACCUGAGUAUGAAGAAUAAAAGUCUUUAAGAUAUUAAUAUUUUUAAAGAUUAUGAUAAAGGAUAAUAAAAAGUUUCAUCAAAUGGCUCUUAAAAAAUAAAUUUAACAGAUAACAUUUUUGAUAAAACACAAUUACCAAUAAAUUAGAAAUAAAAAUAAAAUUCUCCAUUAAAAAUUCCUCAUUAUUUAACAGAAAAUUACAAAUAUUUAUCUCCAUAACAGAAAAAAACUAUUCAUAAAUUGAAAAGAUUUAGCAGUUCAGGCUAUGUAAUUUAAAAUAGUGAACCUUUUUUAAAUUCGACUUAAGAAAGUAUGGUAGCUGUGCAAAAAUCUUAAGCGAAAUAAAAAUAGCUUACGUUAAAUAAUUUAUUAUAGCAACGACUCAGUAUGUAAUUAGAUAAUUUUGCUAACAACUUUUAGAAAAUUUAGGAUAUUCUUAUAAAUCAAACUCACACAUAGAAUAUGAAUUACCAUAAUAAAAUGUCUUCAUAAUAAAAUAUUAGCAAUCAAUAAUCAAUGAAGGAAUUUGAUAAAAUGAAAAUUUUUGAAAUAUAUUUCCCUCACAAUAAUUAUGAUGAGAUCAUUUUUCAAUAGAAUUAAUUACAGCUUAACAAGAAUUAAAAAAAUAAAUAUAAAAAUGCUCUCGCCUUUUCUCCAUCUAGAAGGUUGUAACAAAAUAAAUUUGCUUCAUAAUAAAAUAAUUUUACUGGUUAAGAUAAAUUAAUCAAAGAAAUGCUUAAUAAUAACACUUUAAAUAGAUUAAAAUAUCUUAAAAAUGAAAAUAAUAAAAAGAACUCUAUUACAGAUUAAUUAUUUAUUUCUUAAUUAAGUUUGAGAAAAAGGUAAGAUACAAAUUUAUCUCUUCCUGUUGAAAACACAGACUAAUUAUCUCCAUGCAGCAAUUAAAAUUUUUUCACAUAAGCUAACUAAGAUGAAGAAAUAAACAGAGGCAAUUUUAAGUAAUAAUAUGAUCGUAAAUGCAGCAUAGAAAUCUGUAACUCAAAGACAAAUUAGCAUAACCUAAUAAUCCCUAAUUAUUUCGGUUUACAAAAAUAGACAGAAUCUCAAUCUUCAUUGUAAGGAAAAAAAAGCAGGUUCAGCAACAGAAACUCAAUAUUUAAGAAUGAGCAAAUAAGUAUUAAUAACUCAAACAAUUCUAAUGAAAAAAUAGAUGUACUCUAAAACAAUAGUAACAAAAGCUGA